GGUUGGAGCAUAACGUGAUUUUAACACAAAAACGUAAAUGUAUCGAUGAAAAAAUCUUUGUCUCAUAAUACGGACAUGUCUUAAAGGAUUCUUUUGGAGAAACUAAACGUGUAUUGGUGUUAUCUGUGAUAAUUUCGACGAGAUGUUUUCCGUAUUAGGUCGAGUGGAUUCAGAUCUGGAAUAAGUGUCGGUCGGUUAACGAUGUGUAUAUGUAUAUAAUGAGUUGUUCUGAAGUUAUGUACCAAGCGUAUUAUCCGUAUUUGUAUCAAAGGGCUGGAGCUGCUCCGCCAGUAUCGGCGCAUCCUGUUCCAAGGACAGGACCUUUUACUUCUCCUUUUGGAGCUGCCCAUCAAUAUGACAGGUUUAACGUUCAACGCCUGCAGGACGCCCACUCUUUGUCUCAGGCGGCGGCCGCAGCGGCUAGUUCGAGCAACGGCAGCGCCACGACGCUCGGUGGCGGUCUUGCCAUCCCCGGUAGUCUCGACAGUGGCGCCGGACACGCGGGAGUUUCGGCCGGUGGAUCACACCCCCUUUACUUGCAGGGAUCUGCACAUAGUUCGGGAGGCUCGGUCAGUUCGACGGGAGGAGGCUCGCCAACGAGUCCACUCAGGCCCGGAAAAGAGGAGGAUUGUAGUCUGCACGGGAGGAGUAGUACAGAAGAUCCCCAACCAGGUGUGGAUGACGAUGACUCCCAAGAGGCAGGUAGUUCGAGGGCUCAGUAUGUAUCUGCAAAUUGCGUGGUGUUUACUCAUUACCAGGGUGAUGCAGCCUCCGUAGUAGACGAGCAUUUUUCUAGGGCGUUAGAUAAGACUUCAACACAUACCAAGGAAUCCUCCCCAAUGUCAGCCCGCAACUUUCCUCCUUCCUUCUGGAACAGCCAGCAUUACGGCGGGGCUUCCAGUAGUUCCCACCAUGCAACAGAUCUCUAUUCAGAUCAUUACCAUCCGGGCGAUGCCUGGUACCAGUACAGUCAACACCACAGGGCAGUACACGAUUACCAUCACCACAACAUGGCGGCGCAAUACGGCGGAUUGCUACUUCCUGGAUCAAGACUGCACAUGGGAUCACAUGCCCCAUGCAAAGCGAUGGACUGGCAACAUCCUUCCAUCGAAUCACCAUACUCUUCCUAUCCCACAAUGUCUGGUCUCGAAGCCCAAGUGCAAGACUCCUCAAAGGAUCUCUACUGGUUCUGAACCGCGAAAAACUUUGUAUAGUUUUUGUUAUUUAAAAAAAGAAAAGAUAAAAGUGAGACGUGAUUAUUAAGUGGAAUGUAUAAUAGUACAAACUGAUUUAUUUAAAUUUUAAGUUAUCUAGAGUGAUGAAGAAAGGACUUCAUUAAAAAACGAAAGACGUUUAUUUAUAAAAUAAAUGUUCCUUUUCAGAAACAAGAGGUUUUUGAUUCGUGGCAUAUUGCAGAGGUUAUAACAAUUUAUUAAGGUAACAAAGGUAGAAAAUGAUUCAACUUCUUUUUGUUUUUAGAGUUCAAAAUAAUAACUAUUUUAAAAUACCAGAUCAUUAUAGUUUUUAUUAGAUAAUAAUCUUAUUAUCAUAUGCGAAAAUUAUUUUUUUAGGAUAUUUUUUUGCCAAAACACAAUACGAAAAAAUCGUACUUUUUAUGUGUUAUUCUGAGACGAAUUAAUUAGGGGAUGGUUUAUUUGAUUGGAUGAAAUCGAGUUUAAGUUAAGAAUUGUGAACAGACAACUUAUUAUAGCAACAGGUUGUUUUUUAUUCAUAUCUACAACACAAUCCAAAAUAUUCAAUCAUGAUAGCAAAAUUCUCUUGUUGGUGUUUCAUGUAAUAUAGUGAAAAUUUUACUGGUAGACACUAAAAAACAUGUUGUAUUUUUUAGGCUCAUAAACACAUACCCAGAAAAUACUAGGUCUGAAAGGCGAGGCAAAACAUAUAAUAACACCGAAUAAACAUAAUACACCGAACGCUAUAAACAAGUCUACUUAGCAACAUCACUUUUAAGAUAAAAUGAGAUAUUCCACCAAAUAGUUAGCGCGUAAAUAAUAAUGUAAAUUUUGAUGUAUUAAGUGUGGCAGAGAAUCUUUAAAAUAAUCCAAGACAAAUUGUUUUAUAUAAACUAAAAAAAAGAGAAAUAUAAUCAGUAUAAAAUUCAUAAUGUCCAGGGAAUCAACGAGGAUGAUUACGAUCGCCGAAUAUAGUUUUGCAGAGUAAAACUGCACAUAUUGAAGUAAAGAGAAUCCUCAUUGGAUGACUGAAACAAACACUAAGCUUUCUCAAAUAGGUAUUAAAUGCAUCGGUAUGAAGAGUUAAGGAUAGAAUUAAAUUUCCUUUAUUUUUCGAUGAGCCUUUUACAGGAAAAAGAUUUCUUGACAGAUUACAACAUAAAGUUAUUACUGACAUUUUUUGAAAUGAAAAUGAUCGUAUUUUUUCAAAUGCAAUCAUCUGGUUUUAGCAAGACGGUGCACCUCCGUACUUUGCACUUCCUGUUCAGAUUUUGUCGAGCAUAUAUUUUCCUAAGAGAUGAUUGGUAGAAGAGUAACAGUAGAGUAGCUCCAAGAUGUCCUGAUCUUAUAUCACUUGAUUUUUUUCUGUGGGGUUACUUUAAAUCAAAAGUUUAUAGGGAUCAUCUACAAAAUUUACAAGACUUUAAAAAUAGAAUUAGAUUGGAAAUUCAACUCUAGAAAUGAUCCACAAUGUUCAAGAACAAAUCAAGAACAAAGAGCGGAUGCUUUUCCACCGCAUCCUGUCAAAACACAUAAUGUAAUAUCGCACUAUUGGCGAUAUCAAACGAAAGAGGCGGCAUAUUGCGAUAAAAAUUUGAACUAGUGCAAGCAGGAUAACAAUAAUCCUAAUCAAAUAUAUACACUAACAUAGAUCUUAAUUAAAAUUUCUUUUACAACUGCAGCAGAGCAAAAGGAACUUUCAAAGAAAGGUGUUAUUCCCUCUCAAUGCCUUCUUAAAGGAAAACACGAAAGAAAAAUCAAUGAGGAACUGGUGGAUGCUAAACUAAUGCCUAGCUCGUCUCUUCACACAUUCACAGUGAUUUCAUGUGGGGCACUAUUUAAAUUAGUCGUUUGCAGACACAAAUCGACUAAUUUGUUAUUAGAUAUGCCACACAACACAACGUGGCCAGCCUUUAACAAGGCCUCGCCUUAUUUUAAAGGUCUUUUUGUGUCUCCUAUAUAUUGCAAAAUAUGGAGCAGACUAACUUAAAUUCCUUUAUUUGCCAUUGCGUUAUUAAAAAAAUAAAUGGAAGAUAAUAAAUACGGAUAAUUUUUAGACACAACAAUCAUUCACCUACAAAGAUUAUGGUAGCUCUG